AUGCACGGCAAAGACACGGCAUUUGCUGUUGAAACAAAAACUCCAAAUGACCACUUACUAAAGCUUCUCUCAGUUUUGUGCCCCCAAUUUCUUAGUCUACCAAAGGAUCCUCGGACAUUGCUUGAAACUGCCCAAGAUUAUGAGGUGCCGAAUAAGGCUUGUGGUGAAUACUAUUACUUUGGUUUAGAGAAGGGUAUCAAAACCUUUACUUCAGAGCUUUUACAUCAGCAUGCUGAAUUCUUCAAUUCACCUAAUGGAAAAAUCCAACUCCAAAUCAAUUUUGAUGGUCUUCCAAUUUUGCAAAGUGCAAAUACUCAAUUUUGGCCUAUAUUAGGAAAAAUCAUUCAUCAAGAUGACUUGGACCCAUUUGUCAUUGGUUUAUUUUGUGGGAAGGGAAAGCCAAGUAAGAUCAAUGAGUAUCUUGGUUACUUUGUCUCAGAGCUGAGGCUUACUCUACAGGAAGGCAUUAAGAUCACUGGUUUACAGAACAAUGUGGGUGCUUAUGUAUCUAGCUACAUUUGUGAUGCUCCUGCUAGAGCAUUUGUCAAACAAACAAAACCCCAUAAUGCUUAUUUUGGUUGUGACAAAUGUGUCCUAAAGGGAGAGUGA